AUGUCUACUAACCCAACGUCUCAAAACAUUUCAUGUCUUAAAAACCUUGCUUUAAAUAUCCUUAAGAAUGGCACCCCAGAGGUCAUUGCAAAAGGUGUUGAAGUUCCAGAACUAGAUCCAUGCUCAAAGUAUAAAGAAGAGCUUUUUUUGUAUGAAUUUAAAAAACCAUUUACCAUACUCAUUUGUGAACAUAUAUACCACCGUAGUUGUCUUGAGGAUUAUGUAAAAGAUCUUCCACAAUGCCCUGAAUGUGCAAUAGAAAUUGAAUCUAUUGAUUAUACGUGUUAUUCUGGUACUUCUGAACCUAGCUCACAGGAUCGGGCACAGAAUACCUCAGACCCAAUGCAAAUUUCGCCACAAAUGGCACAAAUGACAUCUAGUCAAAGCGGGGAUACAGUAAACUCAGAUACAACUCAUAGUUUAAAUCUCCCCUUAUCGGAUUUCUUCAUUUCAGACUAUAUAAAACAGAGUCAAAAAAGACUUAACGAAGAUACUACUAAAAAUAAAUCAUUCAAUAAAAAAUCAAAGUGGAAUAAGGAAAAAGGCAAUAAGAAAGAUUCUAAUACUAUAAAAAAACUUAUUACAGAAUUAAAAUCUAACACCGCUGAACAAAACACAGAUAAAAUAACUUCUUACCAAGUCAUAGCUACCGAAGCUGACCCACAACCUAUCGAUUUUCUAAAUUUAUAUACUAAAAUUACCUUUUCUGAAAGUGAAAAUCAAAAACAAAGUCAGAAAGUAAUUAUUCAAUACUAUAACUUCGGGAUAACCAUAGCGAAACGCUUCAAGUUUCAUUAUGAAAAAUCUUAUAAUGUAAAUAAUGCUAAUAGUGAAGUAAAUAAAGAAAUUGAAAAACAACUUCCUGAUGGUACUCCUGAAACUACUAUCCGGAAAAGAAAAGAAAGAGCCCAAAAAAUCUUUCAUCUCUUUAGUAAGAUAGGAAUAGAUAAAAUAGUGCGGGUGAAUUCUUUUUCUGCAUUGAUGAUUUCUAAAUUAACUGUAAAUCAAAUUAAUCAUAUAAUAUCUCAAAUUCCGGAUAAAACCCCAACAGAAUCAUUCGUAUAA